UUGUUAUAGAAGUUCUAACUCUCCUAUUAUCUGAAGGUAUGAGAUCCCUGGUCCUCUUCUGUAGCUUGAGUGUGCUCUGUCUGCUAGCAGGAGCGGUGUCCAUCACUAGAGAGGAUGAAAUUAACCCAGCAUCGUAUUGGGAGGAACUCAUCAACAAGGUCUGGAAGGAACUGAAAAUCCCCACAGAUGACCCGACCUGUGUUCCAGGGGAGAGACAAAAGAAGGAUGGUUCCUGUGUUGCCUGUCCUCCAGGAACCUUUAGUUCAAGUGUCAAUGCUACAAAGUGCACAAAAUGUGAUGCUGGAACAUCUAACCCUCUUAGUAACCAGACUUCUUGUGCGGACUGUGCUGCUGGAUCCUUCUCUGUUGGUAAAGGGUCUGAGACCUGUACUCUUUGUGCUGCUGGUAGCUAUGCUGACAAAGCUGGCUCCAAAGGCUGCACACUCUGCUCACCAGGGUCUGCUGUUAACAGCACCGGAUCAGUUGAGUGUGACUCUUGUGAGCCUGGUUAUUCUGCUGGAAAUAACGGUUCCACUGUAUGUGAUGCUUGCUCUCCUGGAAAUUUUGCUGAUAAGUCUGGUUCAUCAGCCUGCUCUGCAUGCUUAGCUGGAUCCUUCUCAUCCGAGUCCGCCUCUGUGAUCUGUGAUCUGUGUGCUGCCGGUAGUAUUUCUUCUGCUGCUGGCUCUGUAAACUGCACUCUCUGUUUACCUGGUUAUUCUGCUGGAAACAACGGUUCUACUGAGUGUGACGCUUGCUCUCCUGGAUCUUUUGCUGAUAAGUCUGGUUCAUCAGCCUGCUCUGCAUGCUCAGCUGGAUCCUUCUCUUCUGAGGCCGCCUCUGAGAUAUGUGAUCUGUGUGCUGCCGGUAGUGCUGCUUCUGAUGCUGGCUCUGCAAACUGUACCCUAUGUCCUCCAGGCUCUGCCGCUAAAGAUGCCGGAUCAGCUACGUGUGAUCCUUGUGCCGCAGGAUCAGCUGCUAAAGAUGCCGGAUCAGCAACGUGUGAUCCUUGUGCCGCAGGAUCAGCUGCUAAAGAUGCGGGAUCAGCUAUGUGUGAUCCUUGUGCCGCAGGAUCAGCUGCUAAAGAUGCCGGAUCAGCAACGUGUGAUCCUUGUGCCGCAGGAUCAGCUGCUAAAGAUGCCGGAUCAGCUACGUGUGAUCCUUGUGCCGCAGGAUCAGCUGCUAAAGAUGCCGGAUCAGCUAUGUGUGAUCCUUGUGCUCCAGGCUAUUUUUCAGACGAUGUAGGUGCUCUAGCCUGUGGGGCUUGCUCUGCUGGCACACAUGCUGCAGAUGCAGGUGCUAUCUCCUGUGACGACUGUCCUGCUGGUUCCUUCUCUUCAGAGCCUGGAGCUGUUAACUGCACUGAGUGCUCUCCAGGAAGUGCUGCCGGUCCUGGCUCUAACUUAUGCGCUCUCUGUGAGCCUGGUACAUUCUCAACAGAUCCAGGUAGCGCCGACUGUACAAAAUGUGAAGCAGGAUCUUACCAAGACCAGACUGGGCAAAUUAAUUGUGCUCAAUGUGCCAAGGGAUCCUAUCAAGAUCGCGCCGGGGGCAGCACGUGCAAGGAGUGUCGGGACAGUAAAACCUACACUACUUACAACGUGGGUUCCAAGUCAGCUGAGGACUGUCAGGGACCACUGCUAAAAUACACGAUCGGGAAAGAUAGAGCUGUUGAGUUAACAGAUCUUAAGAAUAUCACUGUCGGAGGAGAUAAAACUGUGGUGCUGAUGGCAUUGAGUGGAGAUUGGGCAGUUAGGCUGCCACUAAACCCGUACACUGAGUACCACAUCGUCAAACAGGGAGACAGACUAGUCCUGGACAUCACUCUGAAUCAACUUGUCCUGGAACCAAUGAUUGGCAACGUGUUCUGCUACAAGGACACUGAGGGACAUGGCCAGCAGUUUGCUGGAUACCAAACGAAAGACCACCUCGGCCAGCCCUGUGAUUCGUUCUGCAGGAACACUGACGGUGACGAGAUGGGGCCCCACUGUGUGGUGAAUGAUGGUAAGGUAACUAAGUCCCCUUGUGGUAUUCCCAAGUGUAUCUGGGAUGUGAAGUGCUCAGCAGGGGACGGUAUAGGAUACCGGGGAUCUGCCAACAACGUGACAAUAGAGGGAGGUUCUGUUGUCGCGUGCCAGGCAUGGAACAAGGACUAUCCGCACGUGCACCCGGAGUUCCACCCAAGUUCACACAACGUGGCUACUUACGGACUGGGCAGUCACAACCUCUGUAGGAACCCAGACCCAGGGAACACUCACUCUCCUUGGUGCUACACUUCUAGCUUCUGGGUGAGAUGGGAGUAUUGCGGAGUAACUAAAUGUGGAGAUGAUAUGCCUUACUUUGAACACUGAGAUGCCAAAACAAUGUGCACGUGCAGUCUCUUCGUGUAAUUUGAAGCUUUAUUUCCAAUACGGACAUAGAUUGAUUAUUUAAAGCAUGUUUUCUAGUUCUAUUGACUGUUUGAUAUUAUGGUCCGGUUAUGAUAUUUGUAAUUUGUUUUUACUUUUUUGACAAUAGAUUGGGUUUCAUUUAACUCGAUUUGUUUUUUGAAUAAUAUAGGCUUUCAAUGCUUUUCCUUUAGUCUCGAUUAUAAAAAGUUUCGGACAGGAAUCUUAUAUAAUUCAAACUAAAACAGUAAAAGUAUAAAAAGUUGGAAUAG